AUGACGAUGAAGCUGAAAGUUCUUGACCUCAGCUACUGUACAGAACUCACUCGAACUCCUGAUUUGUCUCCAUUUUGCAACCUAGAGAGGUUAAAUAUAAGGAAUUGCAAAAGACUACACGUGAUUGACCCUUCCAUAUGUAAGCUUAAGCAUCUUGCUUCCCUCAAUAUGACAGAUUGCCAUUCCGUUAAGGAGCUUUCAGAGCAAUUGGACUGCAAGGAAACGUUGCUUGAACUUGUCAUUGAUGGAACUGGCAUAGAAAAGUUGCCUACUCUGGACGGUUUGAUGAAGCUCGAAACCCUGAGUGCUAACAAUUGUGCUUGUUUGACUCGGAUUCCAAGUUCUAUUGGCCAUUUAACAUCUCUUGCAGAUCUCAGACUUGAUCGAUCAAAAAUCAGUGAGCUUCCAGAGUCGAUUGGAUCAUUAGUGACAUUGCGACGACUAACUUCAGUCCAAUCUAUACCUACUGCUCUUGGACAGUUGGAGAAACUUGAAUCCAUAGACGCUUCAGGGUGUCGAUUACUUAGACAAAUUCCAAUCGAGCUUGGGAGGCUAUCCCUUCUAAAGGUCCUGCUAUUGCGUCAUACAAAUAUUAGCAGCAUUCCAGUGACAAUUGGGGGCCUUCCUUGUCUUGAGACUCUUGAUUUAGCAUGGUGCACACAGCUUAGAACUCUCCCUGAACUUCCCAGCAGCUUAAGUAGUGUGUCACUGACCUGUGAGUCAUCGGUGCCAAUACCGAAUCUCCCUGAUUUGAUUAACCUAAAGAAGAUAGAAUUUGUCCGGUCAGCGGUUCCCAAGGAGAUUUUGGAGUUGCCGAAGUUGGAGAAGCUGCAGAUAUCUCGGUCAAAUGUUAGCAUCUUACUGGACGGAAUUGGGGCGCUAGCUAUGCUUAAGGAGCUGUAUAUCGGUAAUGUCAAUCUCCAAUGCCUUCCCGAACUUCCAUUGGGUCUGCAUAAGCUAUGUAUAUCACGUUGUCAUUCCCUUGCAAGAUUGACAGUGCUUUCAAAUUUGCAAAACUUAUCUGAAUUAAAGCUACACGACUGCCCUGAGCUUGAGGAAAUUGAAGGUCUCGGCGAUCUAGCGUCAUUGAGAACUUUGUUGGUUUCAUUUUGUGGAAGGAUAGCUGAACUUGAUGGCCUUGAAAAGCUGGAAUCUUUGAUGAAUCUGGCUGUUUCUGCCUGUGAAAAUCUAGAGGUGCUGCCAGAUCUAUCAAAGUUGAGUGUGUUGUCCAAUUUAGACAUACGUGGUUGUGAAAAGCUAGUUGAAAUUCGGGGUAUGAGCAGUUUACAUGGCUUAGAAAAUUUGAGUAUCAGUGAUGCAUCCGUUGGAACACUGAAUUUGUCAAACUCAAAGGCGUUGCGAUUUUUGUCUGUUCGGGACUGCAUUGAGCUAAAAGGACUUGAUGGAUUUGAUGAAUUGGAAAAUUUAAGUAGCCUACACAUUUCGGGAUGUAAAGCAAUUGAAAGGUUGCCAAACCUUUCAAACUUGAAAUCACUGCGAUACUUGUCAGCUAGUGGCUGUGAGAAGUUACAAGGACUUGAUGGGCUUGACAAAUUGACGGCACCCUUGCGGAGUUUAUAUAUUAGGGGAUGUAAAUCAAUUGAAAAGUUGCCCAGUUUGUCGAACUUGAAGUUCUUGCUUGACUUAUGGGCUGAUGGUUGUGAGAAGUUACAAGGACUUGAAGGCCUUGAUAGCUUGGGUGCACUGACAGAUUUAAAUAUUAGCGGAUGUAAGUCAAUUGAGAAGUUGCCCAAUCUAUCAAACCUAAGAUUGCUGAAAUAUUUUGGAGCAGAUGGUUGUGAGAAGUUGCAAGAACUUGAGGGGCUGAACCAAAAAGAAUUGGAAAAGUUACCUCAUUGGCCAAAUUGGCGGAAAUCGGAUCUGGACAAUUGCCUAUCCGCUAAUGGUAUUGAGAAGUUACAAGAACUUGAUGGCCUCAACAAAUUGAACGGAUUAGUGAUGGCACAAUACAAGUCAUCCGAUAAGUUACUUGACGAAUCGAACUUUGGAGUAUUGAGACAAUGGUAUGCUGAUGGCUGCGAGAAGGUACCAGAACUCGAGGGGCUUGAGAACUUGGAACAAUUUCACUUACAAGUCAUUCCAAAUCUACAGCUAAUGAGAUUUUAUAGAUUUCAUGGGUAUUAAAUUAUGGAGGCCAUUCCUAAUACAGGAUGACGGAUCAGACGGCCUUGAUGGUUUUUUUUGGUGGGGGGAAGAUAUUACCUGUACGAUACUCGGGUAUGAGUUACAUAAUAAGGGAUAGGGCAGACGAGGACUACUCUCCUUCUGGAAAAUUCUACCUUCCAGUGCAUGGACGGUUUCAUGAGGGAUCCAAGGCCCAUGAAGGCCUAAUAGGCUGUCAUCUUGGGCAAGUGCUAUUGAAAGAGGUGGCAAUCACCGAUUGUAUACAGCGGCAAGUUCCAUGACCAGCAAGUAUUCCCUGAAUCACGAUUGGAUAGAGAGAAGAACAUGGAUCCCCCUCCCACAUUCAAUCGAGAGAAUGACAGAGGCUUUUAGAGAGAGAACAGCGACAGAGGGAGAGAAAGCGGGAGAGAGACUUUGGAGAGCAAGGACUGGGAGAACACCAAAAGCUUGAGGUUCCCAUGUCCGGUGAGACCGAUUUCCAUCCUCCAGCCGAGCCGCAACUUCUCCGGCCUCUUCAACCAUCCCUUCUUCGCUACCUUCGACCCCAACAAACGAGCAACAGAGAUGAGAUAUGGUUGUUUAACUAAUACUCUGUCAUCUAGGCAAGUGCUAUUGAAAGUGGUGGCCCUCGCGAUUGGAUGCAGAUGCAAGUUCUGACCAGCAAAUAUGGCUAAGAAUGGAGUAAAAAGCUGCAGAAUGGAGAGAACAUGAACAGACAAAACCUGGCCAAGAUUUUUCCUAAGGAAUGCGCAAUACUGUAAAAGCACCUUUGGCUAGAGCAUAUUGGAGGAAGAAUCUCUGAAGUGUUAAGUUAAUUGAUAUGAAUUUUUGGGGAUUUUGGAAACUUUUCUCUUCCUCUCCUAUUUAAUCGAACACGACAGAGUACCUGAAGAAGUAUGGACCGCCCGUUCUGGUUGUAAAACUGAUGAAGGAAUAUGGAUUAGUAAGACAUGGCCAAUUGGCGGGUCUGCAAAUAUUUUUCGAGAUGAUGACAACUCUCAGGAAACAAGUGUCCGAGCUUCAAUACCUUAUACUCCUCUGCCAGAGCUCAGCCAGUAGAUGAUUACGUUCCCGAGUUCACAAGGGGCGGACACUUGCAGAGGUUUCACAGACUGUCUCUAUAAUUUCCUCAUAGGUGCGGUCCACAUCGUCUGGGAUGACAAGGAGCUCCGGAGAAGAGAUCGGUUAUGAGCUUCUGGAAGGGAUCAGUUUUGAAAGUUUUGGGAGUGAUCUCAGUCCAAAAAGAAAGCUAGGGGGCUUACCCGAGAAUGUGAAUAUGACUGGAAAUUCUACUAUGCAUGUGUAGUAGUGUUUUUACAUAAAAAUAAAUAAAUAAAAUUUUCGGUGAUUUACUUA